AUGGCGUCAGAUGCAGCCGCGCAGGUCACUGUUGGGGCCCUCAGGUACGUCCCUCGACGCCUCGAUGGCGGACUUGCGGCGAGAACCCUUCCAAAUGAGCUAACCUCCGAAAUAAGUGCAAUAUUCGAUGAUACCAAGCCCCAGGCGCGCGAACCAAUCGUUCAGUGCGUUCAAGUCAAGCCACUUCCUCCUCAGCCAAAUCACCCAGAGCGUUACCGGGCCGUCUUCAGUGACAUUGCCAACUAUGUUCAAACCAUGCUUGCCACCCAGGCCAACCAUGUGGUGACGGAUGGAUCACUGCGAAAGGGAUGCUUUGUUCGCCUGAAGUCCUUUCAAGCGAAUUCGGUCAAGGGCAAAAAGAUUCUGAUCAUUCUUGAUUUGGAGGUCUUGAAAGAACUAGGUGAGGCCGAGAAGAUUGGAGAGCCCAAGCCUCUGGAAAUCAAGGCCGAUGAUGAGGAGAAGACUCAACCAACCACAAUUUCCAGCAAUGGAUUCUAUGGAUCCAAGCCCCCCGCUGCACCAGCACAGCAACCCAAUCGAGCCCAAUCUACGCGUGGCCCCUCGUCUUCUGCCCAUGCCACCAUCUAUCCAAUUGAGGCUAUCUCUCCGUACUCCAACAAGUGGACGAUCAAAGCCCGCUGCACGAGCAAAUCAAACAUCAAAACUUGGCAUAACAAGAAUGGCGAGGGAAAGCUUUUCAGUGUAAACCUGCUCGAUGAUAGCGGUGAGAUUCGGGCUACUGGAUUCAAUGACCAGUGCGACAUGCUGUACGAUCUGUUCCAGGAAGGCAGUGUGUACUACAUCUCCAGCCCAUGCCGAGUUCAGAUUGCCAAGAAGCAGUUCACGAACCUCAACAAUGAUUAUGAACUUACUUUCGAACGGGACACCUUGGUAGAGAAGGCGGAGGAUCAAAACGAUGUCCCUCAAAUCCGCUUCAAUUUCACCACCAUAGGUGAUCUGCAGUCGGUGGAGAAAGACACCACCACCGAUGUGAUUGGUAUUCUGAAAGAUAUUGGCGAGACAUCUCAAAUCGUGUCAAAGGGGACCGGCAAACCCUACGACAAGCGUGAACUCAACUUGGUCGACAACACUGGAUUCUCCGUUCGCUUGACUAUCUGGGGUGCUAGUGCGGUCAACUUCAAUGUGUCCCCGGAGUCUGUUGUCGCUUUCAAGGGGGUGAAGGUCUCGGACUUUGGUGGACGGAGUUUGAGCUUGCUGAGUUCCGGUUCAAUGGCCGUUGAUCCUGACAUCGGAGAGGCCCACCGACUGAAAGGUUGGUAUGAUGCACAGGGAAGAACAGAGGUGUUCACUUCCCAUGCGACGCUAUCCGGUGCUACCAACUCUAACAUGAAAUCGGACCCAUUCAAAACUAUUGCGCAGGUCCGCGAGGAACAGCUGGGCAUGUCUGACCAGGUAGACUACUUCUCUCUCAAGGCAACAGUUGUCUUCAUUCGACAGGAAUCCACCUGGUGCUACCCGGCCUGUCUCUCAGAAGGAUGCAACAAAAAGGUGACUGAGCUGGAUUCUGGCUGGCGAUGUGAAAUGUGCGAAAAGACCCACCCCCGGCCAGAGUAUCGGUACAUCAUGCCGAUCAGUGUCAGUGAUCAUACGGGCCAGCUCUGGCUCAGCUGUUUCGAUGACACUGGUCGACUAAUUAUGGGCACUUCUGCUGAUAACCUCAUGCAACUCCGGGAGAAUAAUAACGCUGCGUUCCAAGAGGUGUUCCACGAGGCUAAUUGUCGAACUUGGAGCUUCCGAUGCCGGGCCAAGAUCGAUACAUUUGGCGAACAGCAACGGGUUCGAUACCAGGUGUCUUCCGCCAGGGCUAUCAACUAUUCCGAAGAAGCUUCUCGUCUAGCGGAGAUUAUCAGCUCCUACACCCUGGAUUAG